CCCCACCCCCUCAAUACGGGUUUUUAAAAUCCCAAGUCAGAAAUGGUAAACAACUUAGUCAAUGCAACCUCAUUUAAAUUUAGUUCUGAAUUUAAUCAUCGGAAAAGCUACCUAAUCCUCUCCACCCAAUCAUCUCCGAUCAGGAUUGAGCUGUGGGGAGGAAGAUGAGCGGAGUAUUCGAAGGAUACGAGAGGCAGUACUGCGAUCUCUCUGCCAAUUUAUCUAGAAAAUGUAACGCCGCUGCUCUUCUUCCUGAUGGAGGUACAAAACAAUUGGAUUUCCGAGAUCUUAUGAAUUAAUCUUAUGCUGUACGUUUUCAGUAUAACUCAUAUAUAUGCUGAGAUGAUUUUUUUUGCUUGAAUUUGGUUGAGUUGAUGAGAUGAUAUGAUAUUUUGCAUUUUUGUUCGGUACCUUAAUUUUAACUUCCUUUUUUUGAGUUAUACAAGAUAGGAUAUAAGCACGGAAAUAGCUGAUAGGGAAAUCUUGCGAUAAAUAUAUUAAAAAUCUGACAAAGAUGAAUGAUAUUGGUUGUCAAUUUUUAAGGAAAUGUAACUAAGAAACACAAACUGAUGUGGUGUCUUUAGUGCUGAGAUCUGCAUUUGACUGGAGAAUGUAAAUGUGUGUUUUUUUAGAGAAUAGAAACCAUUGAGGAUUUGAGAUUGUCUGGCUGUUGUCUUAGUUGCUAAACUCGACUCUUAUCUAGUUUCUGGUCUAAAGAUAGUUCUGAUGCUGUGAGUCUUGUGCUUAUCUUAAUAAGCCUUUUGUGAUGUUAAUUCCUGCUUCUGGUUGUCCUUUCAGAAAUUUGUGAUAUGUUUUCCCUGAAAGUGAUAUGACUCCGUGUUCCUGUUGGAGAGGAACAAGUAGAUUAUUGUGUCUCAGUUACUUGUCUACAUGUAUUUUGCUGUUCCAAUUGUAGUCAUGAUGAAGGGGAAUAUUCUGACUACUUCUUUACAAGAAUGACAACCUUACUCUUUCUUACAAAAAAUUUGCCCAGCACAAAACAUUCCCUGUCAACUGGAUUAAAUGAUCUGGUCAAGCAUGUUCCGCUUUUCACUGUAAUGGGAUUUUCCAUCUGAUAUUGUCUGAAAAUGAGGUUGAUUGUUGGAAUUUAAGUGAAUUCAUUAUCCUACAUGUGUCUUUCAUCUAUAAUAAUAAUUAUUACUGUUCCUUUACUCGCUUGGCGUUGUCAUAUUUACAGAGCAAAAGAACCAAGAAAUAUCUGAAAUUAAAUCUGGGCUGGAUGAUGCUGAUGUUCUGGUACUGCAACAUUUUGGGCUUAUUAUUUAGCAUUGUACCUUUUCUACUUUUCUCUUCUCAUAGUCAAGUGUUGCUUUUGCCAGAUAAGGAAAAUGGACCUUGAGGCAAGAAGUUUGCAGCCUAGUUUGAAGGCUACUCUGCUUGCGAAAUUACGGGAAUACAAAUCUGAUUUGAAUACUUUGAAAAGGGAUAUCAAGAAACUGACAGUCCCAAGUUCUAGUCAAGCUGCUCAUGAGGCGCUGUUAGAGUCUGGAUUGGCCGAGGUCUCUGCCAACCAAAGAGAAAGGUUAAUGAUGUCAACAGAGAGGCUGAAUCAGUCAACUGACAGAGUUAAGGAGAGCCGAAGACUUGCUCUUGAGACAGAAGACCUAGGUGUAUCAAUUCUCGAGGAUUUGAAUCAGCAACGUGAAACUCUGCUACAAGCUCAUACAAAGCUUCAUGGAGUAGAUGAUGCCAUAGAUAAAAGUAAGAAAAUCUUGACUUCCAUGUCCAGAAGGAUUACCCGGAAUAAGUGGAUUCUUGGCUCCAUCAUUGCAUUCCUGGUGCUGGCGAUUGUUGUUGUCCUGUACUUCAAGUUGUUCCAUUGAUAACUCUUCGAUUCUUUCGUCACGUGUAUAUUCAUCCAUACCGUAUCAUUUUGGCAUGUAAUUUUAACAUUCUACUGUUGUCAUCUGUUGGCAUUAGCCAACGUUGUGGUUGCCACCAAAGCUUUUUAAUCGAAGCAUGUUGCGUGUCUACAGCACAGUUACCCCCCGUUUCAUCUAUGGUUUUCAACUUCAACAUUUUACCUACAGUCGUUCCAAAUCUUUUUUCACUGACUGUAGGAGAUGGUUGCCUCUCGUUGAUGUUUCAAACUUAGGCUUGCCAACACAACACCAUAAAAAAAACACAGAAGAAAAUC